GGAUUAUGAUUUGGUUCAAUUCAUUUGGUUUUGGGUCGGCUUUAGGUAAGCUGUAGAGGAAGAAUCUUGGAGAUUUCGAGUUUUAUCAUCCAAAGUCUGGGCGAUUUCUAAGUUUCUGGAAGGUUCUUCGACUUGUAGUCAUCAUGUCUUCUUCUCUGAUACUCCGUGGAAGAAGAAGGCUCUUUGAGUUGCAGAAAUGGCGUCAUUUGAGAUUCACAGUGCAAAAUGCGUCUCCUUUCUCCUCUUCUACUGCUUCUGCUGCAACUGUGAGUCGAAAAGGUCAAAACUUUACAGUCUCUACUUACCUCGUUAAAUCUCUAGGGUUCACCACAAAACUCGCUGAAUCAAUCUCAAAGAAAGUUAGUUUCGAGGACAAGGGUAACCCAGAUUCUGUUCUGAAUCUCUUUAGAACUCAUGGAUUCACAGAUUCUCAGAUCUCCAGUAUCAUCUCGGGUUACCCUCAAGUGCUCAUAGCAGAUGCUGAGAGAUCCCUUGCUCCCAAGCUUCAGUUUUUAAAGUCAAGAGGAGCUUCAACCUCUGAGCUCACUGAGGUUCUCUCAAAUGUUCCUAAAAUCCUGGUUUCCAAAAAGGACAAAGCUUUGAGCAUAUACUAUGAUUUCGUCAAAGAUAUUGUACAAGCCGACAAGAGUUCCAAGUUGGAAAAGUUGUCUCCUUCUUCUUUGCCACGGGGUAUUCCACAAGAGAACAAGAUGAGGAACUUAUCAGUGUUGAGAGAUUUGGGCAUGCCUCAGAAGUUUUUGUUCUCAUUGCUAACAUCUGAUUUCCAGCUUGUAUGCGGGAAAGACAAGUUCGAAGAGUCACUCAAGAAGGUCCUUGACAUGGGUUUCGAUCCCACCACCCCUAGGUUUGUUGAAGCUCUGCGUGUAGUUUACGCAUUCAGGGACAAAACAAUCAAAGCAAGAGUUGAAGUCUACAAAAGGCUAGGCUUUACUGAGGAGGAGGUGUGGACAAUCUUCAAGAAGUGGCCAAGCUUCCUGUCAAACUCGGACAAGAAUGUAGCUGACUCCGUUAAGACAUUUCUAGAGCUAGGCUUCAGCAGAGAUGAGUUUGUGAUGAUUGUCAAGCGCUUUCCUACUUGCAUUGGAUUAUCUGUUGAGCUGGUGAAGAAGAAGGCUGAGUUUUUUUCCAAGGAGAUGGAUUGGCCGCUAAAGGCUGUGGUUUUAUACCCUUCAGUACUUGGAUACAGCAUGGAGAAGAGGAUUGUCCCGAGGUGUAAUGUUAUCAAAGCUCUAAUCUCCAAAGGAUUGCUUGGAGUUGGAAGUGAACAACUCCCUUCUAUACGGGCUGUUUUAGAAUGUACCGAUCAGGUCUUUUUAAACAAGUAUGUGAUGAAGCAUGAGCAGAUUGUGGCUGAGUUGAUGACUAUCUUCACUAGAGGUAACAGAGGAAGUGCAUCUUUAUAUAUAUAUAUAAAAAUAUAUAUUUGACAAGUAUGUGAUGAGAGAGGAUGGUGUUUUUACUAAGGGCAUCUCGAACUCUAUUCUAUUUUCUACUCCAAACAUCAUUUUAGAGUAAAAUUCUUUCCAACCCCACUCCAUGACAUCACAUAACAUGAUAAUUGAGGAUGAGCGUAAACUCGAUGCACCAAUUGAAGUUACAAGAAAAGCUCAAUCUCCAGAGAUCGAAACUGCAAAAGAUGAAAAUGUCUGAUUUCAAAAUUUUCCUACUCGAUUUAAAAUAUCAAAGAUAAAGAAUCUCAUUUUUUAAUUACGAAAUGCAUUAGUUGAUCAUUUGUGAAAAAAAUAUUGUAAUGCUUAUUAUUGAACCAACUUAUAUAUUAUGUUUUAUUCUAUUUU